CACCAAACCCGCUCCGUGUGUCAUCUCUUUUACCCUCCUCCUCCUCCUCCGUGUUCUUCAUUUGUCAUAUAGAGGAGUCUGAGUUCCAGGUCCGGUACUUCAAAUCCUCGCUCAAUUACCAUGGCCGACAACACUGGCGUUCAGCAGGCCGAGGCCUCCUUGGCCAACCUUAUCCUCGACGAGGUUACCGGAGAGAAGGUGUCCAAGUCCGAACUCAAGAGACGCCAGAAGCAGCGCGAGAAGGAAGCCAAGAAGAAGGAACGUGAGGCCGCUGCUCCUCCUAAGCCGGUCAAGAAGACCUCCGCCGAAGAUGACGAGGCCAACCUGACCCCCAACCAAUAUUUCGAGAUCCGCAGCAAGAGAAUCAACAAGCUUCGCGAGACCAAGCAGCCCGAUCCCUACCCUCACAAGUUCCAGGUCACCGAUGACCUCCGCAAGUACCUCAAGGAGUACGAGGGUCUUGCCAAGGGCGAGCAGAAGCCCGAUGUUACCGUCCGCAUUGCCGGUCGUAUCUUCACCAAGCGCUCCUCCGGUGCCAAGUUGAUCUUCUACGAUAUCCGUGCUGAGGGUGUUAAGGUUCAGGUUGUCUGCCAGGCUCAGAACGUUGCCGGCGACGUUUCCUUUGAGGCCCAGCACGAGCACCUCCGCCGUGGUGACAUUGUUGGUAUUGUCGGUUUCCCUGGUCGCAGUAACCCCAAGAAUCGUGAGGAUGGUGAGCUGUCCAUCUUCGCCUCCGAGGUUAUUCUUCUCGCUCCCUGCUUGCACGCCAUCCCCUCCGAGCACUUUGGUCUGCAGGACAAGGAGCAGCGCUACCGCCAACGUUACCUUGAUCUCAUCAUGAACGAUCGUUCGCGCAACGUCUUCCUCACCCGUGCCAAGAUUGUCUCCUACAUUCGCAACUACUUCGACAGCCGCGACUUCGUCGAGGUCGAGACCCCCAUGAUGAACGCCAUCGCCGGUGGUGCCACCGCCAAGCCUUUCAUCACCCACCACAACGAGCUGGACAUGAACCUGUUCAUGCGUGUCGCUCCCGAACUGUACCUGAAGAUGCUGAUCGUCGGUGGUUUGGAGCGUGUUUACGAAUUGGGCCGUCAGUUCCGUAAUGAGGGUAUCGAUUUGACCCACAACCCCGAGUUCACCACUUGCGAGUUCUAUUGGGCCUACGCCGAUGUCUACGAUGUCAUGACUCUGACCGAGGAGCUCGUUUCCGGCCUGGUCAAGCACGUCACUGGAGGCUAUGAGACCACCUUCCACACACAGUCCGGUGAGGUCUACAACGUGAACUGGAAGGCUCCCUGGCGCCGUGUGGAGAUGAUUCCCGCUCUGGAGGAGGCUACCGGCGAGAAGUUCCCUCCUGGUGACCAGCUCCACACCGCUGAGACCAACGAGUUCCUCAAGCGCAUUCUCAAGAAGACUGGUGUUGAAUGCUCUCCCCCCAUGACCAACGCUCGUAUGCUGGACAAGCUGGUCGGCGAGUUCAUCGAGGAGACCUGCGUCAACCCCACCUUCAUCACUGGUCACCCCCAGAUGAUGUCUCCUCUGGCCAAGUACCACCGCCAGAACGUCGGCUUGUGUGAGCGUUUUGAGGCCUUCGUUUGCAAGAAGGAAAUUGUCAACGCCUACACUGAGUUGAACGACCCCUUCGACCAGCGCCUCCGCUUCGAGGAGCAGGCCCGCCAGAAGGACCAGGGUGAUGACGAGGCUCAGCUCAUUGACGAGAACUUCUGUACCAGCUUGGAGUACGGUCUGCCUCCUACCGGUGGUUGGGGUAUGGGUAUCGACCGUUUGGUCAUGUUUUUGACGGACAACUACAGCAUCAAGGAGGUUCUGGCUUUCCCCUUCAUGAAGGAUGACAAGACGGCUGCUGAGACCAAGAACGCCGCCGAGAUUGUCGGCAUUGAGCCCCAGCCUGAGGAGGGCAUCCCCCACAAAUAAACGCACUUUGAUGAAUAAUUUCAGACGAUAGUUAAGUUGAUGAUGACGUGUUGCAUGGAUUCCUGGGAUGUCAAUGAAGAGUAUCAAACAUUAUAAAUCAAGACAGAUUAUAAUAAAUCUUCAGCCUCCUAUAAAAUUAGAUGAAG